GAGGGGAACAUUUGUCAGCACGCUUUUACCCUUUUCUGCGUGUCCUAAAAACCGGGCACAGUGUUAACAUUAUGUUGUAACGGUAAAACAAGCAAAGUUUACGUAGGAUAAAACCCGACAACCGAUAUUCCUGUCGGCGUGACGGUUUGCUUUUUUUUUUUUUUUUUUUUUAGCGCACGCUCGCACGUCGUUUUCACUUCUGUUUUGGUAUGGACGUUUGCCAGAGCAAAUGAGUGUUUGGGGACUAUGAAAGGUCAGCCCUUUGUAUACCGCUCCGUAGAGAGCGGUAUACAAGCUAAGUUUGUGUCUAAUAAUACCUGAGUGACUGGCUGUCACCAUGCGGAGCCAAACGACUUCCCCGCCGGUGACGGUGACUGUGCUGGCCGCCCUGUGGGUCAGUGUGGGUCGGUGCGGUACCGCUGGGUCUCCGUGGCCACGAUGCGACAGCGGAAAGUUCUCUUUGGAGAAGGACCUGCCUCAGGACGCACUGUGGGACUGUCCUGGCUCAACUUGGCCGGUGUCCACUGAGAGGAGUUCCAGUAUCGACACGGUAUAUGAUCCUGAGCCAGCCCGACAGGUAUGCAUGGACAAACGAAUCUCCUAUAACCACACCAUUCCCAACAGCGGGGCAUACAGACCAGUGAAGGCAGAGAGUGGAGAGUACCUGUACUGUCCUCCUCAACGAUGGCUCAAUAACCUGCAUCAUGGAGCUACUGUAUUGCUGUACCACCCCUGUGCUGCUCUGCGUGAGCGUCUCCUUCUGUCCGUCCUGGCCCGCUCUUGUCUGUCUGACUACAUCCUUACCUUGCACCCAGAGCUCAAAAAACAGACGCCGGUAGCCUUGGUAUCCUGGGGUCGUACUUUGGAGCUGCCUACUGUGGCCACUUCAGACAUCUGCAGCUGGCUGGAGACAACAACCACCACCGGAAGUAGGUAUGGUGAUGUGUGGCAGACCAGGAAGUAUGACCUCUUGUUGACAUGGCCAGCAGAGAAGCAUCUGUCAAGAAAGCGAGAGCAGCAAUACAUGCACCUACAGACAACAGAGACAAAGGAGUCUGUGAGGCAGUGCUGUGAGCAGACCCUCUUUCCACUCCUGGAUGGAGGGAUGGAUGCAGAGUUACAGUCAAGGAAAAAGAGGAGAAGUAUGAUAAAAAUGAAAGAGGAGAAGAAACGCAGACAGAGCCGAGCUGUCAUCAGAGAAAACCAGGAGAACGCAGAGGAUAAGGAGGAGAGAGAAAACACAGCAGCACAUGGCCUCCCUCAGUUGACUAACCAGACCAGUGGAACCAUUUUCAAUAUCACAGAGAAGAUCCAGAUUCACAGCAAAACAUCUGAACCAUCAGCAGAGCCUCUUCCAAGGACAAGGACUUCCUCUGAGGCCAGCCUCAGAGCAAACUCCCCUGGACCCAGGGAUGCUCCUUUUUCUCCCGAGUCCGAGAUCUCCAACAAGUCUGCAUCUCUUUUAGUGUCUGGUGCAUCGAAAGCUAUGCUUACCCCUGCGCCUCGUGGAUCCACGUCCUCUGAGCCUAAACUUAAUGCUGAGCCUGAGAAUCACAGCCUAACACCACCGGCAAAACCACUACAGUCCAAUCCUGAACCUCCUGACCUCAAAUACCCAAACUCCUUAGCUGGGAAUGAAGUUAUUCCAAAUGGUGUGUCCAGUGAACACUCAGUUAGCACCAAGACUGAAACUCCACAUUGGGUUCAGGGACAAGCAGCCCUUCCCCCUAGCAAAGAAAAUGCUAUAGAAGACAAUACAGACAUUACUGAACAGGGAGACAAAGUCUCAGCUAAAUGCACCCCAACACAGAAGGACUUUGAUAAGGACAACAUAGCACACGACAAGAUGAAGGAUAAUGAAGUAGUAGAUGUAAAAGAGCGGGAGGUGGAGCAUAAUCAAACACAGAGUAACACACACAUUCACAGCAAAACUAAAAAAACUGGCUUUGACUCUGCAUCCCAAACCCAGUCCCUACCUGAUCUUCUGCCCCAGAACAAUCACAGACUCCCUCAGCCAGCCAGUUACCUGCCUAACACCCAUGACUGUGGAGACUGUGACCCAGACGGCCACUGUGACUGCGCUGAGGCAUCUGGAACACAGGACCGAGCUGGUGUGUUGAGCAGGGGGAUGCCAAGGACCCCCAGGACAGAUGAGGCGGUCUGGGCAGCGGCAGCACUGGGCUUCCUGCUGGUGCUCUUGGCACUGUCAGUGCUCCACACACGCUUGUACCGCCACUGGAGGACCACGCCCAGUCUCUACUGGCAUGACCCACGGCAGGACUAUGACAGCGUAGCAGAUGUGAUCCGCAGGAGGCUGAAGAUUGCGAAGACGAGGCGGAAGAGAGGCAGAAGACAAGAGUGUGUUCUCCUCCCCAGCUCCACCAGCUCAGAUGAGGAGCAAUGGAAACAUCCCUAAGAACCUCUGUGAACAGGUCCAGGUCUUCAUGCAUGCAGAGGAAAUUGAGAACAGACUUCUUAUCUCAAAAUACAUCAGUACCAUCUCAUCUGUGAAACAGGGAGAACUGAGACCUGGACUGUGCAGUACAACUUCUUAUUAGGACAGUGCUCUGUGUAUUUUGUACAGUGUGUGCACGUCCAUGUGGCAUGUACUAGAACUCUUUCACCCGCUCCACUAUUUACCUGACAGGACUGGACUGUGCCACCUUCUGCACAAGGGUAGGACACAUAGCUGGAUAACCUUAAGCUUAAAUACCACAAAGCAGCUGCAGUAUCAGUGAUAUCCUGUGGUCAAAAUAAUUUCUCAUACACUGCCUUUGGAUUGAGAAAAUAGAUAUGUGCGCAAUGAAGGUGAUGUGGACAAAAUUAGAUAACAAAAAGGCUUGGCUGACAAUCCAGUCCACUGCUGGAACAGAAGCAGUGAUUUCAUACCAAAGGCAGGUUGGAGUUAGACACUAUCAUUUUAAUAUUAACUGAAUAUUUCAAAGCCCUAGACCUGAAAAAAAAAUAGACACAAAGUCACAAAACAAGCUAGUGUCUGUUGACUAGCUGCAUCCUAGUGAUUUAAGCCCACACAACCUUUAAUUAGACAGUUCUGGUUUGGACCUUCAAGCCGUCUUCACAUGGUACUUUUAUCAUAGUGCAAAAAUAUCUUCAUUUACAUUUGAAAAGAACACACAGCUCCUUUUCCAUAUUUGUCAUUGGAACCACGGGGUAGCACUUUCAGGAUGAAUUCAUAUUUUCUUUUCUGCAACUUAUCAAGUGCUGUGCAAGGGUGUCUGUGAAGAUAGCUUUGCAGUCCAAAGAAAGGCCCUCAGGUUUAGUUCAGUGCAGUAUAAAUGUGUAAACCAUUUUUGUUUUCUCUGCAAUAUGCAACAUUUAAAACCCAAUGUUGUGCACUACGCUUUUUUUUUUUUUUUUUUUUUAGUACCAUCAAUGCUGAUUGUUAAUUCUGACAUGAUGUCUCCAUUUGUGGCCACACUUUCUACCCAAGGAUUUUAAGUGUAUUGCCUUAUACAUGUAUUUUGUUUUAUACUCAUCUUGUUUUAUAGCAAUGGAUUGUUUUUUACCUGUGAAGGUUUAGUGUGAGUAAGUUGCUGUUGUAAGCAACGUUGUGUUAUGUAUGUGUUGUCAAGGGACGGUACGAACAUGAGAAAUGCUCUGUUUUAGAGAAACUUUUGGAUAGAUUGUGUAGACAGGGAUACUAGUAAUGACAUUAAAUUACUUGACAGAGGUGUUGAGGAGCACAUGCACUCUUUAAAAUGAUGUUGCCAUGGAAAUCAGUCCACACCCUGACAUUGACAUUCAUGAGGCCGUGAAGCCCCUUUUGAGGUGAAUUUGCUCUAUAGGGAUGCUGAAAUUAGAUGUCAUACUUUGAACACUGGCAAAUAGAUCUUAAUGAUUACUCCUUUAAAAAUUAUACCAGUUUUUAGUGAAUUCAAUAAUAGUGAAAUCAAACUUACUCAUUAUGCUGAGGACCCCCUCAACGUCCCUUUAUUGAACCGUAAAGGUCCCCAGCCCAUACUUUGAAAACCACUGUUUUAUAUUGUCUGGCAAGACUGUCAGGGUCUGGAUUGCUACCAUUAUGUACAGUAUGUUCAAAAAGGUGAUUGUUUUAAGUUUCAAACAUGGCAUGCUAAUGAUAAAAACAUUGUACAGUCAUGUGGUGCAUAGAUUUUCAAACACAACUACAUCUUCAAGAUUUGUGGUUGCCAUACUGUAGAUAUUUACAUGUCCUGACAGGCUGUCAGUGAGAUUUGUAGACCUCAGUCAGAGAAAUGAUUAGGCUGUUGCUCCAGCAGCACCUGGACUGCGUCCAGCUGCACCUCGAUCCAUUGCUAUGUCAUGGAGUGUGAUUACCGUGAAUGACUGAACCAAUAAAGCUCAAUGAACAA